AUGCGUUUGAUUACGAUGUCUCUUGGAAUAAUGCAGUCCUUCAACGGCAUUCAGCGCAUUGACAUUGAAUGGCCUGAACUUUUCACCAAGAUCAUGGAAAUUCUCGCCAACUUUACCUUUAACUUCAAUUUCUUUCAGCCAGAUUGCAGUGUGUCUAGCCCGUACUGGUAUACUUGGCUGGGGUUCACUGUAGCGCCAUACUUCAUGAUGGCGCCGAUCACUUUCUCAUACAUUGUUGUUCGCUGGAUGUCCUUCCGGGAAAGUCGUGGUGAUCCGCAAUACCGGGAAGUGCAAAGUUGGCUGCUGUUGAAUGCAUGGGGAAGGGCCAUGCUGACAAUCCUGUUGCUCUUCAUCCAAAUGCACAUGACAAAGCUAAGCUCACCGUUCCAAUGCAAUACUCUGAAGGAUGGAUCUGCUGUCAUGGUAGAUUCUACGGACAUCUACUGUGACCUGGCAGACGACCAGUACUUCUUGAUCUUCACAGUCGCAUGCUUUUUCUGGUUUAUUUUUGCCUUUGGCUUUGCAACCCUGAACGUUUGUCUUUACUGGAGCUAUCAUUGGCAAGCAGGGACCAAGACAAGAGACCGCAUUCCCAUUUACGUAGCUGCUGUUGAGAUGAGUGUCGAGAACAUGAGGGGAUGGGUGGAAGUCGUGCGUUUGCGAGUGCUGAGCAACAUCGUGGCGGUACGGACAUAUCCUUCCAUCCGGGACCAGGAAGCGGCAGCAAAGCGUGCACUCUUUGAGGCAAAAAUGAAGCAGCGUGGUGCUGCUGUGAUCCCAGAGACAAAGGCUGGGAGGGAGCUUGACAAGGAGCUCGCCAACAUGCGGAAGCGCAAGGCAACACUUGAGGAUGAGAUCAACUUGCGCGAGAUCAAGAUGAAGUGGAAGAACAAAGAGCGCUUCUCAGAGAAGCAAGAUUGGCCAGAUAGGCUGGAUGGUAGCUACGUCACCUACGGCUGGGUUCUGAUCUUUAGUACCUUCUUCCGACAGUUUGCCUUGAUGCUGUCAACCCUAGUGUCCAACGACUUCCCUCCAUUUGGGGCUGCUGCGCAAUCCUUGGUCUUCAUGAUCAACUUUGCGGAGUUCGAGACACAAGUCAUGGAGCUUCGGACUAUGAACGUGAUGCGAGAAGUCGUCGGUCUGAAGUUGUUUCCACUGAUCGAGCCAGAAUGUACCGACUCGGACAAGGGUUUAAGUGCUGCAAGCGGUCCUGUUGUUGAAGAGGCGCGGGAGAAAAGAGAUGCCUUCCAACGUACUAUACGAGAGAAGAGGGCUUGGCUUUGCCAAGAGAUGGAAACGGAAGAGUUGCGACGGAUGCGCUGGGAGGAAUGGAGGCAACGCAGGGCCGACACCUUCUGGGCAAUGCAUGAAGCCAAGGAGCGUGAGUGGAUGUUGAGGGAAGACCCCAUGCUCAAGCAUGAGGCUUUCAUGCAAGAAGUUCUCAUAGCGACCGAGAAGUUUGAGCGAGAACGCAUGGAGGCCGCUGAGCGUGAGCAGCGAGAGGUCGCAGAGUGGAAUGCUACUUUGGAAGCUGAAGAAACAUCACUUAUGGAAACUGAAGACUUUUUGUCCUCCGAGGCUCAAGUUUGGGAUGGCCUUCGCGAAAGGGAGAAGCCACAGGAAGCUGCAGAAUCAGCAUUGAUGAAAAUUGAAGACUUCAUGUCCUUCGAGGUGGGAGUUUGGGAGAACCUUCUUGACGAGGAGCCUGAAGCGCAAGUCAUGGAGCUCCGGGCCAUGGCGCGGGAGGAGACCAGGCAGAGAGAGAUUGAAGCAGCAGAUGGCCACACAGAGUUAGAGGAGCCUGACGCACCCAUUUUGGAGCUGCAGGCAAUGGCGCCGGAGGAGACCAGGCAGAAAGAGAUCGAAGCAGCAGAUGACCACACAGAGUUAGAGGAGGGAAGGUCGCGGAGGAGACGCAAGAAAAAGGAUUACAAUGAUGAGGGGCAACAGGAGCAGGAGAAGCUCCGAAGACGGCGCAAAAAGGAAGGCGAAGAGCAAAGUGCCUUGCCUGCUGAGAUGUGCUGA